UUCCUGUCUUGUGUCCGCCGGCCGGCAAAGCUCUGAACUGGGAAAAGCCACUGUUGUGGUUGAGAGAAACCUGACCCGGCAGCACACGCGUGGCCAUGUGGAGGCUGCUGACGCGCGCCCCCGCGCCGCUCCUGCGGAUGCACUUUUCAGAUUCUUGGGCAGCCCUUCCCACCAGAGCUGGUCUGAAGACGCUCCUCCCAGUUCCAACUUUUGAAGAUGUCUCCAUCCCUGAAAGGUCCAAGCUUAAAUUUGUUGAAAGAGUCCCACUUGUGCCAAAAGUAAGAAGAGAACCUAAAAAUUUGAAGGACAUACGGGGGCCUUCAACUGAAGCCACUGACUUUACAGAAGGCAAUUUUGCAAUUUUGGCACUUGGCGGUGGUUAUCUCCACUGGGGCCAUUUUGAAAUGAUGCGCUUGACAAUUAACCGCUUUAUGGAUCCCAAGAACAUGUUUGCCAUCUGGCGAGUGCCAGCCCCUUUCAAGCCCAUCACUCGCAAAGGUGUUGGGCAGCGCAUGGGGGGAGGUAAAGGUGCCAUCGAUCACUAUGUGACACCUGUGAAGACUGGCUGCCUCGUAGUAGAGAUGGGUGGACGGUGUGAAUUUGAAGAGGUAAAGGGUAUCCUGAACCAAGUUGCUCACAAGUUACCCUUUCCGGCAAAGGCUGUGAGCCGUAAGACUCUAGAGAGGAUGCACCAAAAUCAAAAAGAAAGAGAACUUAACAACCAAAACCCCUGGACCUUUGAGCACAUAGCCACUGCCAACAUGUUUGGCAUACGGAAAUUCCUGAGCCCAUAUGACUUGACGCAGAAAGGGCGAUACUGGGGCAAAUUCUACAUGCCCAAGCGUGUGUAGUGAAAGCACAAGGAACAUGUGCUCAGCCUCCUGAGUGACAAUCUGCACCUUUACUGUCCUGAGGGUCUUUGCUGGUUCUUGGAUCUUAACUAAGCACAUGAGUGAGUGACUUCUGAAAAACUGUGUCACCUAGUUGAUUCUAAUUAAAGUUUGAAUGUAACCUUAGGGUA